UGAUUAAUGAUUUUAGAAAGUACAUGCAAAUAAUUUACAUAUGUAUAUAAUUGAUUGAUUUAAGACGGAUGAAUCAAUCAUUAAUCAAUCUAUUUUAAUUACACAUCAAGUCAAUUUGUCAUUUGAAGCCAUAAGCAUGCAACCCAUCCGAUGUUGGUUGUUGUUAUUAUUGGUAACAAUUAUCGGGAUCGAAGCAAAAAGUGCACCGGAAGGUUGCUUUCGAGCCGCUGUUCUCGAUCAUGUCCAUCAAACAGAUGCUCGCCAUUUAUCCAAUACUGCCAAGAUAAUCGAUUUGAAUUUUAAAGUCUAUGAAGAUGCAGCUGCUUUAGCCAAAAAACAAGGUGCUGAUAUUAUCGUUUUUCCCGAAAAUGGUCUAAUCUAUUCGAUUUUAAGUCGUGAAAAAGCUGACGAAUUCGCUUCUGAUAUUCCUGAUGCCGAAGUGAAUGCGUGUACUUUGGAUUCAAAAUUUGUGUAUAAUCGACUUGCAUGUUUAGCUCAAAAACAUCAAAUGUUUGUUGUUGCAGAUUUAAUCGAUCGAAAAUCUUGCGAGGAAUUGGGAAUAAACAAUGUCUCUGAUUCUUGUCCUGCUGAUAAGAAAUUUUUAUUCAAUACAGCCGUCUUGUUCGAUCGUCAAGGAAAACUUUUAGGUCGCUAUCACAAAAUGCACUUAUUUGGUGAAAUAAGUAUGAAUCCACCACCUAAACCAGAAUUAUUGGUCAUUGAUACUGAGUUAGGACGACUUGGUAUGCAGAUUUGCUUUGACAUGAUCUUCAAAACACCUGGAUAUUUAUUGGCUCAAGAAAACAAAUUUGAUACAAUGCUAUUCCCUACUUGGUGGUUCGAUGAAUCUCCAAUGCUAUCCUCUAGUCAAUAUCAAAUGGCAUGGGCCUUUGGUAACAAUGUCACAUUAUUAGCUUCAAACAUUCACCGUAUUGAGGUUGGCUCCCGUGGCAGUGGUAUUUAUGUUGGUCCACAUAGAACAUUGGCUGCAGCAUUAUACGAUGAUUCUGUUGAACGCUUAGUUUUGGCCAAUGUUCCUAUCAAACCUAAAGAAACGGACCAAUCGGCCUGUCCUCUGGAUAGCGAAAUUAUUGAAGUACCCCAACAGAUUCCAAUACCGAAAUCUGUGAAAUAUCAUCAUCAAAAUUUGAAUCUUAAAGAUGUAACAUUAUUGCAAUUAUCUUCAAAUGAAUCUGAAGUUCAUCUAUGUCAUAAAGGCGUUUGUUGUCAGUUUGAAUAUCGUUUAGCAAUGAAAGAUCAACCACAAGAGUCAUGGGUGGAUCGUGUACCAUUAUUAGCAAAUAUGCUCCAUUAUUUGACUCCCGAAGAACGAUACUAUCUAUUAAUAGCUAAUCGUACUCGACCUGGUGCUUAUCCAUGGUCCGAAGAGUUUUGUGCGGUAGUUGUCUGUCCUUCAUCACGUUGGAACUUUGGAAAAAUGCAAAAAGAUUGCUCAAAAAUCGGUUCGAAUCAAGAACUUAGUUCUCGAUUUGUUCAUGCCAAAUUGAGAGGAAAAUUUAGUGAAGAUACUGCUGUUUAUCCAAGUGCCGUUGGCUCAAAAAAUCAGCUUAUUUAUCCCGAAAAUAAAUGGAAAUUCUGGAAAGUAAACGUACCGAAUGAACCUGAAUAUUUCAUUGAAUUGGGUGCCAAAGAUAAUUCAGAAAGUCGAGCAAUGGAAUUGGGAGCAUUGGUUCUAUAUGGCCGUAAUUAUAAUCGCGAUCCACGAUACGAACAAAAAGCUCUGCCAAUCAAUUUAUGAUGGUUAAUAAUUUAUGUUAAUGAUAUUUUCAUGUGUUGGUUUCUGACAAUCUAUGACAAAAUCAAUGUU